UGUCUCAAAACAAGCAAGCAAAAUGUACAGUGAGAAACAGUCUGGCGAGACUACGCUAGUACUAAAAAAGAAAGCUAAUCUGGCAUGGGUUUACAAGGAGGCGCUGCUGACAGACUGCUCUCACGGCACUGGCAAAGUAGGAUCAGUUCCUCAGGAGUCCCCACCGCGACCACUGCAGACUGCGGGACUGGGGGCGGGGGCGCACACAAUUGUCCCCAUUCUUCUCCGCCCCGCCUAGCGAGUUCUCCCUGAUCUCUGGCCUAAUUCCCUGGUUGAAGUCCAGAGCUGGCUGUGGAGAGGGAAAACCAUCGCCCCACCCCGCCCUGCAAUCCUCUGUCCCGCAGGCGCAGGGCGUUAGAGCCUAGGGCGCAGGCCCUCACUCCCGAUGACCCUGGUAGCCAGAGCGGCAGGUGCAGCCCGAGGCAGCGUGUGGAUGUUGAUCUCCAGAGUGGCACCCGUGACAGCUGUGACAUCAUCCCAGGCUUUCAGCCCUGUGUUUGAUCUGAUGUGAAGAUGGCCGCCAGGGUGAUCUGGGGCAGCCUUGGUCUGCUUCGAGUCGUGUGGUGUCUCCUUCCCCAGACUGGCUACAUACACCCAGAUGAGUUCUUCCAGUCACCCGAGGUCAUGGCAGAGGACAUCCUGGGUGUGCAGGCUUCACGGCCCUGGGAAUUUUACCCCAGCAGCUCCUGCCGUACUGUGGUCUUCCCACUGCUGACCUCUGGCUCUACCUUCUGGUUGCUCAGGUUCUGGGAAGAGCUGGGGCUCUGGCCUGGUCUGGUGAGUGGCUACGUGCUGCUGGUGGGGCCCCGACUCCUCUUCACUACCCUCUCCUUUGCCCUAGACUGGGCUGUGUACUACCUGGCCCCGCUGUGGGGGGCAGAUCGCUGGAAUGCUAUGUGCCUGCUGUCUGGGUCCUAUGUCACCCUGGUUUUCUACACAAGGACUUUCUCCAACACCAUCGAGGGACUGCUCUUCACAUGGCUGCUGGUGCUGGUGUCCCCUUAUGUGGCAUGGAAUCCCACAUCAGAGAAGCCUACUCCAGGCCCAUGGUGCCAUAGUUGCCUUCUUGGUGCUGUCAUGGCUGCCGGCUUCUUCAAUCGGCCAACCUUUCUAGCCUUUGCUCUGGUCCCCCUCUCUCUCUGGGGCAUCCACAGAACCUUGAAACCUAGCAUCACGGCCUUGAUCCAGGAGGCCCUGGUGCUGUUGCCAGGGGCUGCUCUUGCUGCAAUGCUGUUUAUAACCGUGGACAGCUGGUACUUCUCCAGCCUCUCCAGAUCCAGUAGCCUUGUUCUCACACCUCUCAACUUCUUGUACUACAAUCUGGACCCCCAAAACCUCGCAAGGCAUGGCACACAUGCACGGCUCACUCACUUGGCAGUCAAUGGCUUCCUGCUCUUCGGGGUAUUGCAUGCUCAAGCCCUGCAGGCUGCAUGGCAACAACUCCAUAGCUGCUUCCGUGUGUUUGCGCAAACGGGCUUCUUGGGGAUGCUGGGUGCCCGUGGCCUACUGUCUAGCUCCAGGUCUCAUCUCCUUCUCCUCUACUUCACACCCCUGGUCCUGCUAUCUGCCUUUAGCCACCAAGAGCCCAGAUUCCUGAUUCCCCUCAUAGUCCCUCUAGUCCUGCUUUGCAGUCCCCACACCCAGCCUCUACCCUGGAAGGGCACCCUGGUCCUCUUCAAUGCCCUAGGUGCUCUCAUCUUUGGCUGCUUGCAUCAGGGAGGCUUGGUACCCGGCCUGAAGUAUCUGGAAAACGUAGUCCAUGCACCCGCCCUCCCGGGCACGACCACACACUACAUGCUUCUCUUCACUCACACCUACAUGCCUCCCCAGCACCUCCUGCACCUCUCUGGCCUGCCAUCGCCUGUGGAGGUGGUGGACAUGGGCGGGGCUGAGGACUGGCUCCUGUGCCAAGCCCUGAACAACUUCAGCGGACAACCAGCCUGUCGACUGGCCGGCGGGCCACAGCUCUGCCGCCUCUUUGUAGUAACUCCAGGGACCAACAGGCAUGCUCUGGAGAAGUGCGGUCUUCCUCUCAAGAAUGAGACCCUCCUGUUUCCCCACUUGACCCUGGAGGACCCUCCAACCCUGUCCUCCCUACUCAGCCAGGCUUGGAGGACCCACCUUAGUCUUCACAUCAUAGAGCUGGAGGACGCCCUGUCAUGACAAAGGAGCCAUGGCCCAGGAUUCAGCCAUAGAAGGAAGGUGCCACCCCACCUUCUACACAGGCUGCUGGGCUGGGACACUGGAACAGACUCCCACUGCUGGCUCUUCUGGGCACAGUGACAGGUUGUUCCUCUAGGUGAGACACCAAAGAUCUGACCAGUCAUGGUCCCAAUGCCAAGGUCCCCAAAGAAACCUAGCACACCCACUGGCACGUGUCUAUUUAUACGCCAUUACUUCCGAUUGCUGUAAUGUCUAAAAUAUAUAGUCGUACCUGGUUAUCAAAGACAAUGAACUGCUGCUGACAUCCUGAGUGGCCCUGCCCAACUUCUGACAAUGCCUGCCUUCUUGCUACCAUCAUUUCCAAUCUCACAGUGUGAAGUGGGGACAGAGGAGCCUCACAGCUCUAGUCCCUAGUCUGUGACUCACAAACUGGCGUGAAGGAAGUCCCUUCCACUCGGCCAACCACCACCCUGACGGAUGAGAGGAUCCUGAGGUCAGUGUGAGCUCACGUCCCAUGGUUUGAUACGCAUGUCUCCACAAGGCUCUUUCUCUAGGAAGCCGUAGUUGUUUUGUAUUUCAUAGCACUGUGGUGUCUGCAGACGCAGUGUUUGGGUAGAACCAAAACAAGCCAUUCUAGAAAAAGC